GUGUGGGCUUGGGAUCCUCCUGGCGACCUCUCCAGUCUAGGGCCCCUCAGCCACUCUGCACCAAGAUGGGCCGUGGGGCCGGCCGAGAGUACUCGCCUGCAGCCACCACUGCAGAGAAUGGGGGCGGCAAGAAGAAACAGAAGGAGAAGGAGCUGGAUGAGCUGAAGAAGGAGGUGGCCAUGGAUGACCACAAGCUGUCCUUGGAUGAGCUGGGCCGCAAAUACCAAGUGGACCUGUCCAAGGGCCUCACCAACCAGCGGGCCCAGGACAUUCUAGCUCGGGAUGGGCCCAAUGCCCUCACCCCACCUCCAACAACCCCUGAGUGGGUCAAGUUCUGUCGCCAGCUUUUCGGGGGCUUCUCCAUCCUGCUGUGGAUUGGGGCCAUCCUCUGCUUCCUGGCCUACGGCAUCCAGGCUGCCAUGGAUGAUGAACCAUCCAAUGACAAUCUCUAUCUGGGUGUGGUGCUGGCAGCUGUGGUCAUCGUCACUGGCUGCUUCUCCUACUACCAGGAGGCGAAGAGCUCCAAGAUCAUGGAUUCCUUCAAGAACAUGGUGCCUCAGCAAGCGCUUGUGGUGCGGGAAGGAGAGAAGAUGCAGAUCAAUGCGGAGGAGGUGGUGGUGGGAGACCUGGUGGAGGUGAAGGGUGGAGACCGCGUGCCUGCUGACCUCCGGAUCAUUUCUUCUCACGGCUGUAAGGUGGAUAACUCAUCCCUAACAGGCGAGUCAGAGCCCCAGACCCGCUCCCCCGAGUUCACCCACGAGAACCCCCUGGAGACCCGCAAUAUCUGUUUCUUCUCUACCAACUGUGUGGAAGGCACUGCCAGGGGCAUUGUGAUUGCCACAGGUGACCGGACUGUGAUGGGCCGCAUAGCCACUCUGGCCUCAGGCCUGGAGGUUGGGCGGACACCCAUAGCUAUGGAGAUUGAGCACUUCAUCCAGCUGAUCACAGGGGUGGCUGUGUUCCUGGGGGUCUCCUUCUUCGUGCUCUCCCUCAUCCUGGGCUACAGCUGGCUGGAGGCAGUCAUCUUCCUCAUCGGCAUCAUCGUGGCCAAUGUGCCUGAGGGUCUGCUGGCCACUGUCACUGUGUGUCUUACCCUGACAGCCAAGCGUAUGGCAAGGAAGAACUGCCUGGUGAAGAACCUGGAGGCGGUGGAGACGCUGGGUUCCACCUCCACCAUCUGCUCUGACAAGACGGGCACCCUCACCCAGAACCGCAUGACUGUUGCCCACAUGUGGUUUGACAACCAGAUCCAUGAGGCUGACACCACUGAAGACCAGUCUGGGGCCACUUUUGACAAACGAUCCCCCACGUGGACGGCCCUGUCUCGGAUUGCUGGUCUCUGCAACCGUGCUGUCUUCAAGGCUGGGCAGGAGAAUAUCUCUGUGUCUAAGCGGGACACAGCUGGUGAUGCCUCUGAAUCAGCUCUGCUCAAGUGCAUUGAGCUGUCCUGUGGCUCCGUGAGAAAGAUGAGGGAUAGAAACCCCAAGGUGGCGGAGAUUCCUUUCAACUCUACCAACAAGUACCAGCUAUCCAUCCAUGAGCGAGAAGACAGCCCCCAGAGCCAUGUGCUGGUGAUGAAGGGGGCCCCAGAGCGCAUCCUGGACCGGUGCUCCACCAUCUUGAUGCAGGGCAAGGAGAUCCCUCUGGACAAGGAGAUGCAAGAUGCCUUUCAGAAUGCCUACAUGGAGCUGGGAGGACUGGGGGAGCGUGUGCUGGGGUUCUGUCAACUGAAUCUGCCCUCUGGAAAGUUUCCUCGGGGCUUCAAAUUCGACACAGAUGAGCUCAACUUUCCUACAGAGAAGCUCUGCUUUGUGGGGCUCAUGUCUAUGAUUGACCCUCCCCGAGCUGCUGUGCCAGAUGCUGUGGGCAAGUGCCGAAGUGCGGGCAUCAAGGUGAUCAUGGUGACUGGGGACCACCCUAUCACAGCCAAGGCCAUUGCCAAAGGUGUGGGCAUUAUAUCAGAGGGCAACGAGACUGUGGAGGACAUUGCAGCCCGGCUCAACAUUCCUGUCAGUCAGGUUAACCCCAGAGAAGCCAAGGCGUGUGUGGUGCAUGGCUCUGACCUGAAGGACAUGACACCGGAGCAGCUCGAUGAGAUCCUCAAGAACCACACAGAGAUUGUCUUUGCCCGGACGUCUCCGCAGCAGAAGCUCAUCAUCGUGGAGGGCUGUCAGAGACAGGGAGCCAUUGUGGCGGUGACGGGUGACGGGGUGAAUGACUCCCCCGCGCUGAAGAAGGCUGACAUUGGCAUUGCCAUGGGCAUCUCUGGCUCUGAUGUCUCUAAGCAAGCAGCUGACAUGAUCCUGCUGGACGACAACUUUGCCUCCAUCGUCACAGGCGUGGAGGAGGGCCGCCUCAUCUUUGACAACCUGAAGAAAUCCAUCGCGUACACCCUGACCAGCAACAUCCCCGAGAUCACCCCCUUCCUGCUCUUCAUCAUCGCCAACAUCCCCCUGCCUCUGGGCACCGUGACCAUCCUCUGCAUUGACCUAGGCACUGACAUGGUCCCCGCCAUCUCCUUGGCCUAUGAGGCAGCUGAGAGUGACAUCAUGAAGCGGCAGCCAAGAAACUCAAAGACAGACAAGCUAGUGAAUGAGAGGCUCAUCAGCAUGGCCUAUGGACAGAUAGGGAUGAUCCAGGCACUGGGUGGCUUCUUCACCUACUUCGUGAUCCUGGCAGAGAACGGUUUCCUGCCAUCACGGCUGCUGGGAAUCCGCCUUGACUGGGAUGACAGGUCCAUGAACGACCUGGAGGACAGCUAUGGACAGGAGUGGACCUAUGAGCAGCGGAAGGUGGUGGAGUUCACGUGCCACACGGCCUUCUUUGCCAGCAUUGUGGUCGUGCAGUGGGCUGACCUCAUCAUCUGCAAGACCCGCCGCAACUCGGUCUUCCAGCAGGGCAUGAAGAACAAGAUUCUGAUUUUUGGUCUCCUGGAGGAGACAGCGCUGGCCGCCUUUCUGUCUUACUGCCCGGGCAUGGGUGUGGCCCUCCGCAUGUACCCGCUCAAAGUCACUUGGUGGUUCUGUGCCUUCCCCUACAGCCUCCUCAUCUUCAUCUAUGAUGAGGUCCGAAAGCUCAUCCUGCGGCGAUAUCCUGGCGGCUGGGUGGAGAAGGAGACAUACUACUGAGCCCACUGGAAAGAAGAACCAGGCACAGAAAAGAUGGGGUGCCCUGGACGUGUUGCAGGGAUGGUGAUGGGGAAGGGUGGAAAAAACUGGGGUGGUAUUUUGGGGGAAGAUUUGGAGAAAGAGAAUGAGGCAAUUUAGCAGGCUAAGUUGGGAGCAGUGGGUAAAAGAGCUUGGGGUGAUUGCCGCAUAGACCUAAAUAUGAGCAAUCAGAUUAGACACUAUAUGUCAGGGUCCCCUCCCCAGAUCCUGCUCCAUCCCACUCCACUAGGUUGUCUUUUUGUCUGAGGAGUUGAGGGUUACCCCAUCCCUUCCCAUUCCUUAUCCCUUCACCCCCACCUCCCACUAGAACAGAUCAAUAUCCAAAGGCAGACACCUGUCUAAACCGGGAGGAGGGAAACCAUCUCAGAUCACCAAUGUCCCUUUAUCUCUCCAGCCUCACUCCACUUCCCACCUUCAUCCCUCCUUCACUUCCUGCCCAACUCUGUCCCCUGCUUCCCACUCAGACCUGGAAAGCACAAAUGGUUCCUCCUAGUGUGUGCUAGGGCCUGAGGCCGGAAAGGGAAGCUGGUUGGAGAAGCCGGCUUGUCUCCCAGUCAAGGCUAGUUAGGAACCUCUAGAGGAGGGCUGGGCAGACAAGUGGGAGGUUUGGGUAUGGCAGAGGAGGGAAACAACAAAGGGAGAGAGACAGGAAAGGAGAGAGCAUCAAUGACAGGACAUUUGACAGAUGUAUUGAGUCUCCACAUAGUUGUGGGCUCCAGCUCUGUGUCCUGCCCUCUGAGAGCUCCCUGCCUGCAGACCAAAUCCAAAUGUCAUCAGAGUAGCAGCAGAGGCAGGACCAGAAGGCAAUCCGGGGAGCUUCACUGAGAUUCCACACCCGUGUGCCAUAGAGUUCCCACUGCACCUUGGUUUGUGGUCUCUUUGGUUCACAAGGCCCAGGUGUCACAGAUGCUCCAGCUCUCUCCAUCACACGAAGUUUGGUAACACCCCGCCCUUUAGAAUGCUAAAUCCUCAGAGUUCCAUGUUGUUCCAAGAGGGAUAGCCGCCAGUACAUUCUCUGGCCCUCCCACCCCCUUCCCGUUUAUGCCCAGGCAGAUGAACCUGCGUCAUUCCCAGGCACUGCCAAGCCAGUCCUGGAAGAGAAGUCGCCUGGCAACCAUCUGUAAUUGGGGUGGAGAAGUUCCCAGAACCUUCCUGUCUUCCAAGGACAUGCAGAAUCAGCUUAGGUCACGAAUGUGGUCAGAACCUCUGGACAACAAGAGGGAAGGUGUUUGGAGACCUGCCUUUGACCUCUCAGAUGACAGGGCUGUCCCUCCCCUGGCAAAUGCCCUUCAGCUGAUGAUCAUUGUGCCCACUUUCCCUGAGAUGGGCAGUUGGUUUCAGGUUCCUAUGGAAGAUACUUUUCCUUCCGUUACCCACUCCCCACCUAACCCUUUUGCUCUGCAGGCAGCUCUGCCCACUCUCUAAGCCUGGCUUAGAAGGCACUGGGAAUGUGCUAUAGUGGAAGAUCCAGAUGAACCAAGCAAGUGACAGAGACACCUAAUGAAAAUGGAAGACCUAAGGCAGAAAGGAAGGAAGCACGAAAGAUAAACAUUAGGUCAGGCCCAUAAACAACCUCCCAAGGCUAUUACUUCAUUACACUGGAAUUCUACUUUAUCAGAAGUACCUUGAAAUAAGUGAGUCAUUGCCUUGGGCUUGGAAAACUAAAUGGGAAACCAUAUUAACUUGGGCCUGAUUAAUUCGAGAUUUAUUGACUGUGGAUAAGUUUAUCUUUGCACAAUCAAUAAAAAUGGCAUUUGUUUAGUAAAUUAAAGGGCAUAAACUAUAUUGCUAGGGGUGGCAUAUUUAGUCUACCUGAAACAAUACUUUUCAGGCACUUUAGGAAUAUCCAUUUAGAAGUAGUGAGUGCAUGGGCUAAUUAUCAUCAGUUCUUAUGUUAUUUGUUAAAGAAACAUCUGCCAGACCUUCACUUGGUGACCUUUUGUAAGACAUUAGUUUGAAGUACCAUAUAUGUACUUGAAAAUAAUAAAGUUGCAUUUC